UCCUGUUUCUUUUAGGUACAUUGUUUCUCUCUUGCUUGCUUUCACAGUAAGUCUAGUACAUUGCUAACUGCAUAAAAAACAAAUCCCAAUCCGAUAAACAGAGUGAGAAAGAGAGAGAGAGAGAGAGAGAGAGAGAGAGAGAGAGAGAGAUGGAUAAGCAAGAAGGUGGAGUAGCGGGAGAAGAUGAGGCAGUACUACUUCCCCUGUUUGAGAGAAAAGCAGCAAGAUUCAGAGGAGCAUAUAGGGUGUUUUCGUCAACAAUAAUGGUGGGAAUAUGUUUGAUAUGGUUUUACAGGUUAUUAAACAUCCCAAAUGGUGGUGGAGAGACAGGGAAAUUUUGGGCUUGGAUUGGUAUGUUCAUGGCUGAAUUGGGUUUCGGUAUUUACUGGAUAUCUACUCAGUCUUUUCGGUGGAAUGUUUCUUAUACUCACCCUUUCAAGGACAGGCUCUCCCACAGUAAGUACAGAUAUGAGGAUAAGUUGCCUGGCGUGGACAUUUUUGUUUGCACCGCAGACCCCAUAAUGGAGCCGCCAACCCUGGCGAUUAACACUGUUUUAUCAGCAAUGUCUUACAACUAUCCACCUGAGAAGUUGAGUAUUUAUCUAUCUGAUGAUGCUGGGUCUGAAUUUACAUUCUAUGCUCUCCUAGAGGCCUCUCAUUUCUCCAAGUAUUGGAUACCCUUUUGCAAGAGAUUCAAGGUUGAACCAAGGUCACCAGGAGGCUAUUUCGACCUGGAUUCUUCUAUGCAGGACAACGGUUUUGGUCAGGAAUUGUUGGCUAUCAAGAAACUGUAUGAAGAAAUGAAAAAUCGGAUCGAAUCAGCUAUUGAAACUGGCAAGAUUCCAAAAGAAACAAAGGAUCAGCAUAAAGGAUUUUCUGAAUGGGAUUUGCACAUAACAAAGCAGAAUCAUCAGUCCAUUGUGCAGAGUUUAAUUGAUGGAAGGGACAUAAAUGCCACGGAUAACGAUGGACAUCAAUUGCCAUCCUUGGUAUACAUGGCAAGAGAAAAGAGACAUCAUUGGCCUCACAACUUCAAAGCUGGAGCCAUGAAUUCACUUAUGAGAGUGUCAACCGAGAUAAGCAAUGCACCAUUCAUCCUCAACUUGGACUGCGACAUGUAUGCUAAUGAUGCAGAUACAAUACGAGAGAUAUUGUGUUUUUUCAUGGAUGAAAAGGAAGGCCAUGAGGUAGCAUACGUGCAGCUUCCACAGAAUUAUGACAAUCUCACCAAGAAUGAUAUUUAUUCAAAUGCUGCUUUCGCAGCUAGUGGGGUUGAGUUUGCUGGAGCAGGUGGCUAUGGUGCAGCAUUUUACUUUGGCACUGGAUGCCUCCAUCGAAGAGAAUCUCUUUUUGGAAAGAAGUAUUCCAAAAGAUAUAGAGGACAAUGGAACAUAGAGACCAAAAAGAAUGUUGACAGAACCAUUAGCGAUUUGGAAGAAGCAUCGAAAAUUCUUGCUAGUUGCAGCUAUGAGAAGGAUACUGAAUGGGGGAAAGAGAUGGGAUUGAUAUAUGGUUGUCCUGUUGAAGAUAUUGUUACUGGCUUGGCAAUCCAAUGCAGGGGUUGGAAAUCAGUUUAUUACAAUCCGGACAGAAAGGCCUUCUUAGGUGUUGCCCCUGUGACCUUAGAUACAGCUCUUGUUCAGCACAAAAGGUGGUCUGAAGGCAUGUUUCAGAUAUUUUUGUCCAAGUAUUGCCCUUUCAUAUAUGGGCAUGGAGUGAUCAAAUUAAGUGUCCAAAUGGUAUACUGCGUUUAUCUUCUAUGGGCUCCAAUUUCUUUGCCAGUUCUGUACUAUGUUAUUGUUCCUCCUGUUUGCUUGCUCGAUGGUGUCUCCUUGUUUCCAGAGGUAUCAAGCAUAUGGUUCGUGCCAUUUGCUUAUGUUUUUAUAGCCAGAAAUGGACACAGCAUCAUUGAAUCUCUGAGCUGUGACAGUACGCUGAAAGGUUGGUGGAACUCACAAAGAAUGUGGUUGACUAGAAGGACUACUUCGUAUUUCUUUGGCUUCCUGGAUACCAUUCUGAGGCAAUUAGGACUAUCCCAAACAAAAUUUUCCAUCACUACCAAAGUGAUCACAGAAGAUGUCUCAAGGAGGUAUGAACAAGAGGUGAUGGAAUUUGGAAGCUCAACGAUAAUGUUUACUAUAAUGGCAACAUUGGCAUUGCUCAACUUGUUCACUUUAGUUGGGGGAAUCAGGAAGGUUGUCUUGGAUUUCAGGGUUCUUGACCAGUUGAUCCCGCAGAUUGUUCUUUGUGCCCUGGUAGUUGUGGUCAAUUUGCCAAUCUACCAAGCGCUCUUCCUUCGCAGCGAUAAGGGUCGUAUACCUUUCUCUGUUCUGUUCAAGUCCAUGGUUUUAGCCUCACUUGUAUGUUUGAUUCCUGUUAAUUAGGAUGCAUGGUUUUCUGUACACUUAAACAAUGAAAGUGUAACCACAUGAAUGUGUUUUUUUUUUUUUUUUUCCAAAGUCUUUUAAGAACAACAAUUGAUAAUCUACAUGUACUCUAGAAUCACUCUCAACAACUGUACACCAUUUGAAGAUAAUGGAUUUUGAAGAAUGCUUACUGAUGCAUUCUCCUUUUGAAAAAAGUUGAAGAAAAAUAAAAUUUUACCUCUUUCUUU